GUGGGCACGUUAGAGGUCCUGCUGUGGGCACGUUAGAGGUCCUGCUGUGGGCACGUUAAAGGUUCUGCUGUGGGCACGUUAAAGGUUCUGCUGUGGGCAUGUUAAAGGCUGUGCUGUAGGCACGUUAAAGGCUGCGCUGUGGGCAUGUUAAAGGCUGCGCUGUGGGCACAUUAGAGGCUGUGCUGUGGGCACAUUAAAGGCUAUGCUGUGGGCACAUUAUAGGCUGUGCUGUGGGCACGUUAAAGGCUUUGCAGUGGGCACGUUAGAGGCCGUGUUGUGGACACGUUAGAGGCCGUGCUGUGGACACGUUAGAGGCCGUGCUGUGGACACGUUAGAGGCCGUGCUGUGGACACGUUAGAGGCCGUGCUGUGGACACGUUAGAGGCCGUGCUGUGGGCAUGGUAGAGUCCACGUGAACCUCCUGUAAAUGAGAAUUUCCUAGACAAUGUUCCUUUGUGCCGCAGAUUGAGUGCACAUUAUUAGCACAUUCAUACCACAAGCAUGUGCCCUUUUACGACUACGGAACAGAAAUACUCGUGUUACCUGGGAGUGUAUGCAGAUUAGAAUAUCCGGAACAAGAUCAGAUCUGUGAAUAUCCUGCAUGUAAAGGUACUCGCUCACCUCAUCAGGCUCUGGGCCCUUCCCUGCUGCUGUCGGUGCUCACAAUGACUCACUGUUUGCACUGGCCCCUCCCCUAAUUGCACACUCACACACUCACACACGGGCAACUGCAACUACAUCCUGGUACUGCGUGGCCUCCCUUGCACCGAUCUCUAUCUCUCCAGAAGAGUCCACGCUGAGCUGGGGGAGAUCUGAAUGAGCUGCUUGUCGGCUGAAGACGAUUAUACUAUAUAUUUAUACUAAAUAGCCCUCGCUACCUUUCUCCUGAUACAGCUGCAAUUUCUGACUACAUUUAACUGGGAAAUAAGGAGCGCAAGUGAAUCCACAGACUCCAAGACUGUACAAGCCACACACACCGAGCCUGUAUGUAUAAAGCCAGAAUCUGCCAGCUCCUGCCAUGGCAUCCCACCUGAAGUACAUAUCGUUGGGGGUGCUGGUAUUCCAGACCACCACGUUGGUGCUAACAAUGCGCUACUCCCGCACACUGAAGGAAGAGGGGCCGCGGUACCUGUCCUCCACAGCUGUAGUGGCCGCAGAGGUGCUGAAGAUCGUGGCCUGUGUUCUGCUGGUCUAUAAAGACAAUAGUUUCAGCGUUAGAUCUCUGAGGAGAGUGCUGCACGACGAGAUCAUCAACAAGCCCAUGGAGACCCUGAAGCUGGCCAUACCUUCCGGCAUUUACACCCUGCAGAAUAACCUCCUCUAUGUAGCACUGUCCAACCUUGAUGCAGCCACUUAUCAGGUGACCUACCAGCUCAAAAUCCUCACCACAGCCUUGUUCUCGGUGUCCAUGCUUCAGAGGAAACUGACAAAGCACCAGUGGAUUUCAUUGCUUAUCCUGAUGGCUGGAGUAGCAUUAGUUCAGUGGCCUGACGAUUCUUCAAAUGCCCCAGACAAAGAGGUUUCCAUGGGCUCCGGGUUCGUUGGCCUCAUGGCCGUCUUUACCGCUUGCUUUUCCAGUGGCUUUGCAGGAGUCUAUUUCGAAAAGAUUCUCAAAGAAACAAAGCAGUCCGUGUGGAUACGGAAUAUACAGCUUGGCUUCUUUGGAUGGAUAUUUGGCCUAAUAGGAGUCUUUAUUUAUGACGGAGAGCGCGUCUCUCAGGGGGGAUUCUUUCAAGGAUACAAUAAUCUGACGUGGGCUGUCGUGGCUCUGCAGGCUCUGGGCGGUUUGGUGAUUGCGGCGGUUAUAAAAUACGCUGACAACAUCCUAAAAGGCUUUGCAACAUCCCUGUCCAUCAUUCUAUCCACACUCAUCUCCUACUUCUGGCUGCAGGAUUUUGUCCCCACCAGUGUAUUUUUUGUCGGGGCAUUGCUAGUGAUUGCCGCUACAUUUCUGUAUGGCUACAUCCCGAAACUGUCGGCAAACCCUAUUAAAGCCUGAGGACUGGCGGAUAGAAUGAUGGUUUUACUGUAAUAGCUGCUGUUUGUCCAGACUCGAUGCCCCUGAGCGAGAGGGGGACACUCGGCUAACUCUGCUGCUCAUUGGCUAACGGCCGAAGGACAUGAAGCUGCUGAUGUCUAACAAGAUGGACCCUGUUUUCAUUUAAAGUAAAAAAAAAAAAAAAAAAAGAUAUAUUUUUUGUUAAUACUUGAAGAGAAACGCGUCGGCUUUUAGCGACAGCCGCACAACUUCUCUUAUCAGGUCAUUUUCUGGGGCUGUUUAAUAUUUAAUCUUAAAACAAAAUUUUUUUUUUUGUGUCGGUGACGGGUCUGGGACGCCCAACUGCUUCGGGGUUCCGGGAAUAUGCGUAAAGCGCGGCCGAAAAUGAAAACACAAGGACUUUUUUUUGUUGUUUUGCACAAAUUGAGGAAAUCUACGGGAUGCGUUUUGUGUACGAGCGGUGAAGCAUCUCGCUGUGAGAUUCUCCUACGGACCAAGACUGGGAAAUUAAACGACUUUUUAACAGUG